AUGGAUCCCAAAGAGCGGUUCUACCGCCAUUUCCUCGAAAGCGAUACCGACCUUCGAGACCAGAUAAGCCAACUCCAAUCACUGGCAAAUGUUGGCGGAGAGCGCCAAGAGGCCAUUGAUCACAUCCUUGCCGGUAUCUCGAAACUCCAGAACGAAGUCGCUGAUGCUGCCGACUUCACACCAUCCUACGACCGUAAACAGUAUUCCGAAGCCGUGAAAAACAUCCAGGAUGCACUCAACGAAACCGUCACCAAGAUCACGCCCAAGUCACGAUUCCAAUUCAAGCGCACCACCAAGACCGUCUACGUCGAUAUGGGUGCGCCCGAGAACGAUCCUCGCUUGAACCCUGGCAGCUUGUCUCGCAAGAACACACUGUCCGAUGACGCUGAGGAAUCAUCGGCUGCUGUCGUGGAGGACACCGUGAGCGAACUCCCAUCUUCUAAGAACUACAAUGAAGAGCUCUCGCGGCCCAGCUCCUCGUCUGUGCGCAAGCCGAGUUUCUCUGCAGCUCGAAGUAUCGGAAUCUCCAACCAGACCGGCCUGCACAUCAUACUCCCGUCAUCGGCGGCGAGGGCAACGGCUGCGGGGAGCUUGACAGAUCUCUCGGGCUGCAUUAUCGACAUGUCUAUCCCAACAUCUGGGGGGACAGCUUUCCCCGGGCUUGCUCUGAAGAACAUCAAGACAAGCUUGGUCGUUGCCGGUCGUGUGAAUGGGCCGGUUCAUAUCACUGGUGUGACGGACAGUAUCCUAGUCGUGGCAGCACGGCAGGUCAGGAUUCAUGAGUGCAAGAAUGUUGAUAUCUAUCUGCACUGCGGUAGUCAUCCUAUCAUUGAGGAUUGCUCGGGAAUGCGUUUCGCGCCCCUCCCAGCAUGUUAUGUGUCGGAAGCAGAAGAAACUAGUGAGAACCAGUGGGACCAGGUUGACGACUUCAAGUGGCUCAAGACAGGGCAUAGCCCGAACUGGAGCAUUCUCGCGGAGGAAGAGAGACUCAGCCCUGAGGUUUGGACUGGCAUUGUACCGGGGAAGCCAGGUGCCAGCGUUGACGAGAUUCUGGCCAAAGUUGGGAUUCCACGGACGUGA